CCGCGUUGGACUGGCGGUGAUAUAAAAUCGUGGCAAAUAUUUAAAACUGUGGGAAAUUAAAAGUGUCAUUCUAUGUUUUAAUCGAUGUAUUGGUUUUAUUUAUCACAGUUUGAUCAGCUUCCUCUAAUCUUUAUUAAUGCGAUUAUUGGCGCAUACUGUAAAUUUCCCGUAAACUCCAACGAGGAAGUUCCUGCUUGUCAAACGGAAAGUCUCUUUUGUCGGAACUUUCCGUACUGUACAUUCGGGGUUUGAGGAAUUUCUCCACGAUCUCCAUGAAGAAGUCCUGCCUCUUCAUCUGGUGUUGUUUAUUAAAUGGUACCUGAGAUCUGUUUCCUCCUCAUGACUUGUUUACACUGACGAGAAACUAGAAGAAAAGAAUAAUCCACCAUGACAACAAGUACAGAAAACCAUCUUUGGUCGAUUGACGAUAUUCUCGGUCAGGGUGCAACUGCGAGUGUCUAUAAAGCUCGAACCAAAAAAACAAGUGAAGUGGUUGCAGUGAAGGUGUUCAACGUGGCCAGCUACAGCAGACCAUAUGAGGUACAGAUGAGGGAAUUUGAGAUGCUGCGGAGGCUGAACCACGUCAACAUCGUCAAACUCUUCACCAUAGAGGAGAUCCAGACGAACCCCAAACAGAAGGUUUUGGUAAUGGAGUAUUGUUCAGGAGGAAGUCUGUUAAAUCUGCUAGAGGAACCUGAAAACGCAUUCGGACUGCCUGAAUCUGAAUUCCUUAUAGUGCUGCAGUGUGUAGUUCACGGAAUGAACCAUUUGCGCGAGAAUGGUGUGGUCCACCGAGACAUCAAGCCAGGCAACAUUAUGAGGCAGGUGGGGGAGGAUGGAUGCUCAAUCUACAAACUCACAGACUUCGGCGCCGCUCGAGAACUGGAGGACGAUGAGAAGUUUGUGUCCAUCUAUGGCACGGAGGAAUAUCUGCACCCAGACAUGUAUGAGCGUGCAGUUUUGAGGAAGCCCCAGCAGAAGGCCUACGGAGUGACAGUGGAUCUGUGGAGUAUUGGUGUUACGUUUUACCACGCUGCAACCGGCAGCCUGCCUUUCAUACCAUAUGGAGGACCACGUAGAAACAAACAGAUAAUGUACAAGAUCACCACUGAAAAGCCAGAGGGGGCAAUUGCGGGGGUUCAGAAGGUAGAAAAUGGACCUAUAGAAUGGAGCUAUCAUCUGCCCCACUCCUGCCAGCUUUCAGAGGGUCUAAAAAUGCACCUGGUCCCAGUGCUGGCCAACAUCCUGGAGGCCAGUCAGGAGAAAUGCUGGGGGUUUGACCAGUUCUUUGCUGCUACCAUGGAUAUCCUCCAACGUGUAAAAGUGCACGUCUUCUCGCUUCAGCAAGCCACUGCCCACACAAUCUACAUCCACUUUUACAACACAGUUUCAAUCUUCUUCGAUGAAGUCCAGACUCAGACAGGGAUUGGAGCUGAAAUGCAGAAGUAUCUGUUCCAGGGUCACCCACACACCCUGGAGCCCAGCAUGAAAGUAAUCAACCUGCCGCCCACCUCUGCCGAGCGACCCAUCUUUCUGCUCAGCAGACGAGCCGAGAAAAUCGCUGCACUGCCUCCCAGAGAGCCCGAGACCCAGUCUUUACCCUCGAGAUUUGAUGUCGUGGCUGACCACACUUUCUCAAAGAACCUUGUCGGAGUGAUUCACCAAUUUCUCCGGACGACACGGCUCCUACACAAGCACAGAGACAUGAUACUGCAGGGAUUCUAUAGUUACAUUGAAAUUGUACGGAUUGACUGCAAUACCACGGCGCACAGAAUCACGAUGGUGAAUAUGAAGCUGUUGUCCUGCCUGAACACAGAAGAAACACUGGAUGCACUAAGCCAGGUUCCACUAGAUGUACCACUUUCCUCUGACAACAUGCAGAAACUCAGAUCGAUCCAUGAAAAACUACCUGUGUAUUUCAGCGGCAUCAGAGAAAUCCAGAACAAACUGCAGCAUCUGCAUUUGGACGUAGCUGAGCACUCCAAGACACUGACUCAGGAUAAAUGCGCACAGAAGAUGGAGGUGCUUCUCGAGAAGAUUGUGGCUGUACAUCGGCAGUAUCGCAAAGACCGACAAAUCGGCAAGCUCAACUACAAUGAUGAACAAAUUCACAAGUUUGAAAAGAUUAACCUAUCAGCCCACAUUAAGAAGGUGAAGGCACUGUUUCGAGAUGAAUGCCUACAGAGGUAUCAGGAGGUUUUGGCCGCAGUGGUGACAUGGAGCAGUGUACUAUGUGACAUCCAGUCCAAGUUAGAGAACUUCAGCAGUUCCUUCUUACAGCUAAUUGGGGACCUGCAGAUAUGUGAGGGAGAGCAGACAAAGGUUUUGGACAGAGCAUUGGUCAUAGCACUUCAGAGACCAGCUGGAGCAGAGGCCAAUGAUGGAAUGAAGAAUCGAGACAAUAUGAUUCUUAGGAUGAAGAGACUAAGGGAUGAGAUGGAAACGGUGGCUCGAGAGCUACAAAACAACAACCGGAUCAUAGAAAGUCUCAGGGCUUUCAACUCUACACUGGUGCUCGAGCCUAGUUUACCACAGCCAAAAUGUUCAUGAGGAUUCUAAAGAGCUCUGUCGAGUGUCUGAUGUAAACAGCCCCCGGUCAGAGGCAGGUAUGGCCUGGAAAAGGUGGAUGUGCACAGGAAUGAAGAAACAGGUGACAGAAAUGCAAGACUUUUUUAACCUGGUGUGGAACCGAUUAUGGGCCGCUGGCUUUCUGGAGCUGCUCACAUCUAGGGGUGUGUCUCAGUCAACUCCCAAGCUCCAUAGGUCAUGAAUCAGUAUACACUUGGGGCUUGGGGCAGUGGUAAGGACCCUGGUUCACUACACAUUGGGACUCUGAUGACUCAUUUGUUAUGUUGUUUAAAGUACAUUAUGCAAAAAAAUGAACUUGUUUUGUCAUGUUUUGUCAUAUAUCCUUACAACAUUUCUAGCUAGAGGAUUUUUAAAAAUUGUUUGCUUAAAAUGUAUAUACUGUAGAAUGUCAAACAAAGUGAAAAACCUCUAACUUACCUCUAACUGUAACUGCGAGCUACAACAACGAUAAUCAUUUAGCUGAGAAUUUGUCCGCCAUUUCCUCAAGCUGAGAAGCUUCAGACAAUUUAGUCAUUUCCAGUAAGGGAACAUCGUUAGUGUAGGUGCUCCCUGUAUUUUUGCUGUGCAAUGUGGGAUUUUUUUGUGAUUGGAACCCUUGAAAUGGCCGACUCCCUGAUUAGCGCCUAUCUAUCCUGAACUAAUGAGCUGACUGAGAUGCCCCUGAGUUCAUGUUCAUGAUGCCGACUUGUAACCAGUGAAUCAUUCACCAACCUAACACACCCAACUUCUGUUCCACUACAGUGACUACAGUGUGCAAGUGAAAAAUCACUGAUGAUAUCACCAAUGCAUAGGGCUAAGUGUAGCACCAGACUCUUGUCACUCUUAGUUCAAUCACAGGUCACAAAACACACCUCACUGUUGAUAUGUGUGCAUUUGUGCAAAUGUCUGUCCAAGCUCAUCAUCACCAUUAUCAUUAUUAUUAUUAUUAUUAUUAUUAUUAUUAUUGUUAUUAUUAUUAUCAUUAUUAGUAGUAGUGGUAGCAUUAACCAAAAAUACGAUGUCAUCAUUAAAAAAAAAACGCUUACUUGAAAACACUUGUUCAUCUCUUGUAAAGAACUUAAAUAAAAGUGCUUAGCAAAUGAAUAAAGGUGAAUGGAAAUGUAUAUGACCUCAAA